UUUCCCCCUUCACUUCCUUUCUUUCUUUCAACUUUCAUCAAAUGAGAAACUCUGCAAAUUGGGAUUGGUCAUGAGGCUGUGCGUUUUCAGCUUUCUGGGUCUCAUUCUUCUUUUGCCGAAUGGGUAUUGUAAAUCGGACAUUCAUGUGGGUUAUAGAUUGACGCUUGCAGUUCCUGUAGAAUACAUGGUUGGAUUUAUAGGAAGAGCUUAUGUUUUGCAAGGCGACCAAAAUGAAAAUGAACCCAGUUUCAGAGCUGCAUUGACUGUUGAAGCUAUUGGUCAAAAGUAUUCCUGCUCCUUGGAAGUUCUUCUUGGAGAUGUUAGGGUUUGGAAUUCUGGCCAUUAUUCCAAGUUUUACACCUCUGAUAUCUGCGUUCUUGAGCUCACUUCAAAUGGAGACUUGCAAUUGACGGGUCCUAAAGAUCGAGUUGGAUGGCGAACUGGAACUUCUGGACAAGGCGUAGAGAGACUUCAAAUACAGAGAACAGGCAAUCUAGUCCUGGUAGAUUCAAUAAACCUUAUAAAAUGGCAGAGUUUCAAUUUUCCAACUGAUGUGAUGCUGUGGGGACAGAGAUUAGACAUUGCUACUCGCUUGGCUUCGUUUCCUACUAACUCAAACUCAUUCUACACUUUCGAAAUACACCCCAACAAGGUCGCUCUUUAUUUGAAUUCAGGUAAAGUCAAGUACUCUUACUGGGAAUUCAAACCUACCCAGAACAGAAACAUCUCCUAUCUCGGAUUGGGUACAAAAGGGUUGGAAUUAUACAAUGAUAAAUCACAAAUCGCACAGAUACCAUCAAUUCAACCCCCGAGAUUCUUAUCACUGGAGAACACAACAGGAAAUUUAGGUCUCUACAUUUUCUCAGCCAUGAAAAAGAAAUUCGAGGCCUCAUUUCAAGCACUCAAAAAUACAUGUGAUCUCCCUUUAGCAUGUAAUCCUUACGGCAUUUGCACGUUUUCCAAUUCUUGUUCGUGUAUCCGGCUUUUGCUGAAGCAAACCCAGAUGAGAAAUUCUGCUUGCGGUAAAGAAAUCUCUGAUGGGUUCUGUAAUGGUGGAUUUCCAGUCGACAUGCUUGAAUUACACGGUGUGAGUAGCAUACUGAAAGACGCUAAAACAAUUAUUAAUAUUACCAAGGAAGCCUGCGCGAAUUUCUGCAUCAACGAUUGUGAAUGUGUUGCUGCAUUGUAUUCAUCGGGAGAUCCAAGAGAGUGCUUUCUGUACGGAGUGGUGAUGGGAGUUAAACAGGUUGAAAGGGAUAGUGGAUUCAGUUACAUGGUAAAGGUUCCCAAAGGAAGCCAUGGAAAUCACAGUAAAUCCAACGUGAAAAAAUGGGUGGUGGUGUUGGUCGCAGUGGUUGAUAGUCUGAUAAUUAUGCUAAUUUUUGGUGGGUUGAUCUUUUAUUUCAUAAGAAAGAGAAGGAAGAGCUCAUUGGGCAAUCGCAGCAACUCUUGCAGAAAUUGAAUGUCUAAUUUUCUCGAGGGAUUUUGUGGGGGAUUGAUUUUUUUUUUUCUUUUUGUUUUUAUUUUUCAGUUGGUUGGAACUUGGGAGGAAAUUUUUUCAAACAUAUUGAUGUAAACAGAU